AUGGCACAGAGGGUCAAAAGUUCGGUUUCGGGCAGGGGCAGGUGGAGGGAGGGUAAGAGUGCUGCAGAAUUGGACGCCCUCGAGAAACAAGUGGAAAAGAAGUUGGCAAGUGGUCAAGAGGGUUUGGAUGUCGAGUACUGGGAGAGUCUUCUGGCACAUCUACACGUGCACAUGGCAAAAGCUAGAAUCAGAGAGUUCCAUCACGGACAAAUAGAACUGAAAUUGAAGAGAAUCAGA